AUGAGCAGUGAAGAGAAUAAUCUUCCCACGAAGGUGGAGAAGGAACCAGAGUUGGGAGGGCUCGACGAGGAGAUUAUCACCGCAGUCGAAGGAGGCAUCGAGGUCAACGCAGCCGGCCAUCGAGACCAGCUUAAGCGGCAAUACAACCUACUGGCACUCGCCGGUAUUGCCCUCACUGUCGACAAUGCUUGGGCGGCUCUGGGGUCCUCGAUAUCCGUGUCGAUCCUCAACGGAGGACCUGCGGGUCUUAUCUACGGGCUUAUCGUCGCCGUCUUUUACUAUUCGUUCAUUGGCUUGAGCUUAGCUGAGCUCGCCUCAUCGGUUCCUACCGCAGGCGGAGUAUACCACUGGGCAACCAUAGCCGCUGGUCCCAAUUGGGGUCGGACGGUUGGGUUCUUCACAGGAUGGAUCAACUUCUAUGGGUGGAUGUUCGAUCUGGCCGCCCUCAUUCAGAUCACGGCCAAUAUCAUUGUCCAGAUGUACGCAACAUAUCACCAAGACACCUACGUCCCCGAGGCGUGGCAUGUAUACGUUACAUACGUCCUCGUCCUGUGGCUCUGCACCUUUCUCAUUAUCUUUGCCAACAGACUGGUGCCAUACACACAGCACGCAGGCAUGUUCUUCGUCAUCGUCGGAGGUAUCAUCACCAUCAUCGUCAUUGCCGCCAUGCCAAAACAACAUGCUUCCAACUACUUCGUCUGGAGUUCAUUUGAUGAGAACAAUCUAACUGGGUGGCAAGGCGGAGUGGCUUUCCUGCUCGGCGUAUUGAAUGGAGCUUUCACUAUUGGAACGCCAGACGCCAUCACCCACAUGGCUGAAGAGCUACCAUAUCCAAGAAAGGACCUCCCGAAGGCCAUUGGACUACAAAUAGGACUUGGUGGUCUCUACGCCUUCAUCUUCGCAAUUGCCAUUGGAUACGCCAUUACCGACUUGGAGGUGCUACAAGAUGGAAUUAACACUUACCCCUUAGCUACCAUCUACCAACAAGCAACAGGAAGCACGGGUGCCACAUUCGGGCUACUCUUUAUCAUCUUUCUCAGCACCAUCUGUUGUUGUGUUGGCACGGUCUUAACCAACUCGCGUAUCUACUGGGCGCUAGCGCGCGACCACGCCGUCCCCUUCUCUCCCAUCUUCAGCAAAGUCAACGAGAGCCUCAGCUGCCCCGUCUACGCCACGCUCUUCGUCUCAGUCCUGGCCACGGGGCUCGGCGCUAUUCCUCUUGGCAGCUCCACGGCGUUCCUCGACUUGACUGGCUCCUUCAUAGUUUUGACGACCGUCUCGUACGCCAUACCCUUUGCGGCUAACUUAAUCACAGGGAGGAAGUACUUUCCAGCGGGGCCGUUCCAUCUCGGCAGGUUCGGGGUCGUUGUGAACAUGGUGGCUGUACUGUUCAUCGCCAUGUUCGAUAUUUUGUACUGCUUCCCAUAUGCCCUUCCCACCACAGCGGAAAGCAUGAACUACAACUCGGCUAUUGUGGUCGGGGUGUGCGUAAUCUCGGGAUUCUGGUGGCUUUUUGAUGGGAAGCAAUAUCCCGGACCCAAGGUUAUGCAUAUUUACAUCCAUGAAAACAUUGCGCCUUUGAACCAGACGAGACUUAGAGAGAAGUCUCAUUCAACAGAGGAGAAGUUAACGUCUUAA